GCGUGGGCUUGAUGUUUUAAGUUGUGAGUUCGGUUAACAGUGAAAGUGAAAGAGGGUUGAUAGAAGGGAUUUACAAAGGGAAGAAUGAGCCAUUCGGGCAUGGAGGAGGAAGAAGUACCGGACGUUUCAUGCGAGCUGGAAAAUGUUCAAGGUUUAGUGGACGCCCUUACCGCCGUUCGGUGGAAGCGCCAGCAGGACGCUGUGCUCGAGUUGUCCGAACAUGGCAUCGUUUUGAUCGUCGAAGAAAGCGGUUGCCUCCAAGCCAAGGUGUAUCUCAAACGAGAGGGGAGCAUGGCAUUUGCAGCUAUUCAUUCGCUAUGAUUACAAUGCACGGGGACGACCUCGUUUUGGAGUGAGUUUGGGGCAUUUGGUGGAUUGUUUGAAUGCCUUCACGGUUCCUGGCCAAUCAAGCGUUAUUCAGAUUCAAUACCCAGGUUCUGAUAUGCAGCUUCUUCUCAAAUCUGUAGAUUCGCUGGAUGCCAGUAUUUGUGCAGAGAUCAGGACAAGAAUUCCAGAUACAAUUGCAUGGGACUACAAUUUUGAACCUGCAGGGACAAACCCUUUAACCUUUACUGUUAAAUCCGCAGCACUGAAGGAAGCCAUUGAGGAUCUUGAGUGGCCUGGAUCAAGCAUCCAGAUUAUUCUACAGCCCGAUCCUCCUUCUGUUACGUUGAGAGCUGAAGGACAUGGAGACUUGCAGAUAGAUUUCUUGUAUUACGCGAAUUCCGAACUCUUGGUAGCAUUUCAGUGUGAUCAUCCGGCUUCUUUCAGGUACAAAUAUAAAUUUCUCAGAGCAACAACUUCUAAUAUGCCUACCAGUGUUAUUAAAGAAAAUAGAGGAAGUAAGUUAAGCAUUGGGAGAGGUGGAAUGUUAAAAGUUCAGCAUCUGGUUUCAAUUGCCAAACCAUCUAUGUCACACUCUUAUGUCGAUUCUGUAAGCUAUCAGCAACCAGGUCGGAUAGCUCAUAUUGAGUUCUAUGUGAAACCAGAGGAAAGUGAGUAAACCAAUGAUUAUUAGUUAGUGUCAAGGAAGUCAUUUUCCAUACAUUUGUAACAAAAUCUGAAAAGUUGAGAAACUAGAAAGUUACCCUCAAGUUUAACUCUGAAAAAGAAAAUAUCCUUCCUCUAGGAGCUCUUAAACAAAUUUACAAAAUGAUUUGUUUUCAGAAUGUAGUUCAAAGAGGUACUUUUGCAGCAAAUCCCCGUUUAAUCGUAGUUUUAGAUGGAGCAAGCUGUCUUGGUAAGGCCAUCUAAACUUCAAAUAGAAUCAUGGCAAUGUUGCUCCGA